AUGUUACCUGAGUCACUGUGUGAUGUCACUUCCUGGUUGAUUGAGUCACUCAGCGACCUGUCCCCUCCCCCGGCCCCGCCCCUCCCCAGAGUGAGCGACAGCUGCCGUUUGAUCUUCCUCAUCCUCUCCAUGAGGGGGGGCCGAGGGGGCAGGGGAGGGCGUGACUCUAAAGGGGGCGGGGCCGCCAGCCUGGAGACCACACCUGGACAGAUUGACUCGCUCGUCCUCCUGUCUCCGUCUGCAGGGGUGAAGAAGGGCGACCGCGUCUCCAUCUACAUGCCGAUGGUGGUGGAGCUGGUCGUAGCCAUGUUGGCCUGCGUCCGCAUCGGAGCCGUCCACUCCAUAGUGUUUGCAGGUUUCUCUGCGGAGUCUCUGUGCGAGAGGAUCCUGGACUCUCAGUGUUCGCUGCUCGUCACAGCAGGUGGGUUCCAGAUCUACAACAGAUCCACCCUUCUCGUGUUUGUGAGUCGUGUGUCUCUGUGUCUCUGCAGGGGUUUCCCCAUCCAAAGGUGCAUCAUGCUGAAGCACCUGUCCAAAGAAUCAGGGGACGCUCCUCUGGGCUCCCAGUCUCCUCCCGCCAAGCGGCCCUGCACCGAUCUGCAGUGUGUGUGUGUGUGUGUGUGUCAGUUUGAGGGCCUGCCUACCUACCCCGAUGUGAGCCGUAUGUGGGAGAUUGUCGACAAAUACCACGUCACCAAGUUCUACACGGCUCCGACCGCCAUCCGGCUGCUGAUGAAGUACGGCCGGGAGCCGGUGCAGAAGUAUAAGCGAGAUUCUCUGAAGGUUUUGGGGACGGUGGGAGAGCCCAUCAACCCCGAGGCGUGGCACUGGUACUACAGCGUGGUGGGGGAGAAGAGGUGUCCGAUAGUCGACACCUUUUGGCAGACGGAAACCGGUGGACACGUGCUGACUCCUCUCCCUGCAGCCACGCCCAUGAAACCAGGAUCAGCGCGUCUUGUCGCGUCUCUUGCGGUCCUGCAGGUGUUCAAGCAGCCGUGGCCCGGCGUGAUGAGGACCGUGUACGGGAACCAGCAGCGGUUCGAGACCACCUACUUCAAGAAGUUCCCCGGAUACUACGUCACGGGGGACGGUUGCCGUAGAGACAAGGAUGGCUACUAUUGGAUAACGGGGAGGAUAGACGACAUGCUCAACGUCUCCGGCCACCUGCUGAGCACGGCGGAGGUGGAGUCGGCUCUGGCGGAGCACGAGGCGGUGGCCGAGGCCGCCGUGGUGGGCAGACCUCAUCCCGUGAAGGGAGAGAGCCUCUACUGCUUCGUGACGCUCACCGACGGCGUGAGCUACAGCCGCACGUUGGAGGCCGAGCUCAAAAAACAAGCUGUCAAAUAA